UGGCAGCACUGCGCAAAAUGGUGGCUUCUGCUAUACGCGGAGAAAUUUUGUUGUACCAUUAAGAACUGAAAAAACACGCAUUUGUGCUAAUAAAAUUAAGUAAAAUUAUAGUGUACAACUUUAAGAAGUUUGUGUUGCUGGAAUACGCGUGUGGAAGUGUACACAAAUUGUGUUUAGAAGACAGCGAAAAUAUUUCUAAACUCUCGGCAGCAAUAAAAAACGCAAAGCAAGCAAGCGAAGUGAGUGCGUGAGUGUAUGUGUGUGUAUGUUUGUAUGCGCGUGUAAGUGCUUGUGCAUGUGUAUUGCGAGCGUGUGCGUGUGUGUGUGUGCGCAAAGUGUAUGCAAAAAAGAAGAAGACAAAACAGAAGAGCAUUAAAAAAACGUAUUGUUGGAUUGGUAGCCACUGACAAGUUUAACGCGCACACACAACGACAACAGCACCAACAAUAAAAAAAUAUAAAUAAAAAAACAACAACAUCGACGACGACGAAUGAAAUAUUUACAAGUCUCUCUAAAUCUGUGCUUGUGCAAAUUAACCAAAAUAUACAUUUCCGGCUGCCUAAUCCCCUUUCCCCCAUCCGCCACAACGCGUCUCUGUGCAUCAACCAAGCAGCAGGAGCAACAACAACAACAAUAGCGACAAGAAAAAGGGAUUGCGUCUCAGUUAACGCCUAGCCAGCAUCAGUUGAUAUCGCCAACUCGCUCACACACACGCAACGGGAACGGGAACCGGCACCGUCAGCGUCAGCGUCAACGGUACCCGGGAAUACCCGAAGUGGGAGCCACAAGCCACCCGGUUUCGAGUUGCUCGCUGGGAAGGCACGCACACAUAUUUAUAUUGGAUUCAUGUUGAAAUUUCAUAUCAUAGCGGGCAUAAAAAGGCUUAACACUGGACCGGAAGCGUGUUUUUAAAGGGUGAUGGCGGCCUCCACUCAAGGAGAAAUACGAGUGGGUCCCGGCCACCAGGUAAACGAUGUCUAUGCAAAACUGCCCGAUUAUAAUCCAAUCUCAAGCUUCCCCGUUGACAAGGAAACCGAUGAACGUGAACUAGAGGAAACAAGAUGGAGUCCAGGCGUUGUGGCCGAUGGCGACUUGUUAAUGUUUCUGCGUGCGGCACGCUCCAUGGCUGCAUUUCAAGGAAUGUGUGAUGGCGGACUAGAAGACGGUUGUUUGGCUGCCAGUCGCGACGACACAACAAUUAACGCACUCGACGUGCUUCACGAUUCUGGCUACGAUCCAGGCAAAGCUCUACAAGCGCUCGUAAAGUGCCCCGUUUCGAAGGGCAUUGAUAAAAAGUGGACCGAGGACGAAACGAAAAAGUUCAUCAAGGGUCUUCGCCAAUUUGGCAAAAAUUUCUUCAGGAUCCAUAAGGACCUGUUGCCGCACAAGGAUACACCGGAGCUGGUCGAGUUCUACUACCUGUGGAAAAAGACGCCCGGCGCUAACAAUAAUCGUCCGCAUCGUCGACGCAGACAGAGCGCGUUGCGUCGCAAUCGUGUUACGCGCGCCAAUAAUACACCUCCCAAAAAGGAGGACACUCCGGAACCACAAGCUGCGACGACGGCGACGGCGGCGGCGUCGGCUGCAGAGACGGCGAGUCGCUCAUCGCCCGCUGUCUCCAAGGAGGAGAACAGUUCUCUAACCGAGGACGACGCCAGCGAGUGUGACAGUGAUUCGAGUCUGACCAACAAAAGGGAUGAAUCACCCUCUAGGAUGAGGACAAGAAACAAACAACAGAAUAACAACAACAACAGCAGCAGCGCCAAUGCAACCGGUGGCGGCGGAGGCUCCGCUGCUGCUGCCUCCGUGAACGCCUCUGCCAACAGCUCCUCCAAGGAUCAAUCCUCGACAUCAGCGGGCAAUGCCAACAAUUCGGUGGCCAAUGGUAAGCGGCCCAAACGUGGCACCGAGACACCGGAAGUGGCUGCAGCUGCUGCCGCAGCUGGAACUAGCGACAGUCCCAAGACGCCAACGAAGAGCGUGGCCGAGGGAUCGAGUAAUAAGCGCAAGGGCGGUAAACAAGAUACGCCAAACAAGAAGAAGCGCACGGAGACGGAGACGAACAGCAGCAGUGAGCAGACCAACAACAGCAACGAGGACAACAUCAAGGAGAAACAGCGCAAGCGUCCCGACAGUCCCGUCGAGAGCAUGAACUCUGACAGUCGUCCCGACUCGGUCCUGGACGAUGGUGAAUCCAAUACGACGGAUACGGAUGGACGCACCGCGGAGCAGCAGUCCAGCAAGGACAGCAAGGAGAUCAACUGCAAGGAGGAGAUAAACGCAGUGACGUUGUCGGGAGAUUUGGACACCAAAUCGGAGCUUAACGAAAAGUCAAUCAAAACAGAAGCACCCUGCGCAGAAGACAGCAAAGACGCCAUCAAGAACAUGGAUGAGGAGACCAACAUUCAGGCACCGAGCAACAUUCAACCGCUCAGCCUGAAGCCCACCCAUGUGGAUGGUCUGAUGAAGGAGACCAGUUCAUUGGAGGCGCCACCCGCAGUGGUGACCGUUGCGCCGCCAAUUGCAAUGAAAGUGCCCACAAUUGCGACUGUGGAGGCGCUCAAUGCAUCUGUGGAUCGUGAUCGCAAGGAGGCCAUUGAGAAGAUGGACAUAUGUGAGAACGAGGUGGCAGCACGCGAUCCCGAGCUGCUCAAGAAGCUGGUUAGCAUCAAACAGGAGACGUUACCCCAACAGCAACAGCAGCAGUUGCAACAACAGCAGUUGCAACAGCAACAACAACAACAGCAGAUGCAACAGCAACAACAACAGCAGCAACAACAACAACAGCAAUUGCCAAUUGUGCCACCUGUGUCCGCUGCCUCUGUGCCCCUGCAGGAGCCCGUUUACAUCAAGAAGGAACCCAUGGAGGACUCCAUGGAUGCCACAUGCAAUCAAAACAGCAACGAGCCCCAGGAUCUCAAGGUUAAAAUUGAAAUCAAAAAUGAGGAUCAUAAGAUCAAUGCCAGUGGCUUGCCACCUACGAGUUCAGCGCCUCCUCCCAAUUCCCAAAUGGUUGGACUGCAUCACAGCUCCGCUGAUGGAAUGGGCGCCGAGCCGUUGCAUCUGCAGCAUCUGCAACAUGGUCCGCCAACGCAGCCGCCCGCUGGCUACCUAAUUGAGGGACAACUGAAGUAUGGUCCACCUGGUCAGGCUCCACCACAGCCGCCUCCACAGCUGCACAGCGAUCCGGGCAGUGCUGGGCCGACUGCACCGCCUCAAAAGUAUCCUGGCGAUAUGGAAAUGAAGUACAACGAGGCCGCCGUCAAGUUCGAGGCCAGUGGCAAGUUUGCGCCACAGGAACUCAAGUAUCCAGUGCCACCGCCGCUGGACGCACUCAAGUACAGCCAGGAGAUGCAAGCAGCGGCGGCAGCAGCGGCGGCCGUGGGCAAGUACGACAUGAAGUACAUGAUCGAGCAGCAGGGCAAAUAUCCCGUUGAGCUGGCGCCACCUAAACCUGGCUACCAGGAGGCCCUCAAGAUACCCGAUGUUAAGCCGGGCUUUGCCCAUCUGCCGCACAGCAUUGGCUCGCCGUUGGAUGGACCAGGGCCACCGCACAAAUAUGCGCCACCAGGUCAGCCUGGCCCGCCGCUGGAUCAGCAGCCGCCGGGCGCGACGCCGCCGCCAACGAUUGCCAUGCCCAAGCCACAUUAUCAGCACGAUGUGCAGACGCCGCCGCUGGGACGACCCUUUGAGCCUGCCGGCCUCAUGCUCAAGUACGGUGAUCCAUUGGCUGCCAAAUAUGGGCCACCACAACCACAGGAUCUCAAGUAUCCAAUGCCGCCCGUUUCCGCUGCUGGCGGCGAGAAUUUAAUUAAAGCCUCGCCAUACGGUCCUCCUCCGGAGAGUCCCAUUGAUGCGUCAGCGCGCUCGACGCCCGGCCAGGAUAGCCAGGGCAGCAAUAGCAACAGCAACUCGCAGCCGCCAUCUUCGCAGCCGCAGCAAUUCCAGUCGCCACAUCCCUCACCGCACAUGCCUUCGCCAGCGGGCGGUGGCCUUCCCCCCGGCAUGCAUCCACAAAAUCUCAUCUCCCCCCAUGGACACGGACCGCUACCAAACUCUGGUGCCGGCUCUGGUCCAGGUCCACAGCCGCCCACGUCGCUGCAUCAGCCGGUGGGCAGCUCAGUGCCGGGUCAAGGGCCACCGAGCUUACAGCAUGGAUUGCCACCUGGUCCGGGAGGUCCACAUAUAUCCAUCGCCUCCUCGAUGCCAGUUGCCGUCUCGUUGGGUGCGCCCACGUUGUCAACCAUGGCGCCCUCGCAUGUCAUGCAUCCGCAUAUGCAUCCACACCAGCAUCCGCAUCUGCAAUCGCUGCAGUCAUUGCACCGACCGCAUCCGGAUCUGCCGCCAUCAAUGCACCCCCAUGCCCCCAUGCCGAUGUCGCUGCAGGCGCCGGGUCCGCCGCCACCCCACAGCCACGGACAUCCCUUGGCGCCAUCGCACGCACAGCAGCAGCAGCCUGGACCUGGUCCAGCGGGCACAGUGCGCACGCCGUCGCCGGCACAGCAACAACAGCCGCCGCGCAGCCUCCACGAGCCGCCGACAUCGCGGGAACCGCCGUCAUCGCACACGUCGACGGCACCGUCGGGGGGCAACAGUGGAAUCAACUCGGGGCCAGGACAGGGCCCAGGACCAAUGCAUCAGUCACCGCACACGCAUCGCACAUCGCCGCUACCCGGUCUGGCGCAUCCAUCUGGUCUCAUUGGCCACCCGAUGCCCAUACAUCCGCAUCUGGCGCAUCUGCCGCCAGGUCAUCCGGCACACGCAGCGCUGGCGCAUCCUGGCCAUCAUCUGCUGUCGCAUUCGAUAGCGGGUCUGAGUCAUGGCGGUGGCCCCAUUGCGCUAUUGGCGGGUCCUGGAGGAUUGGGUGGCUUGCCGGAGUCGGCGCUAAGUCGUCGCACACCGCCCAGCCAUCUGUCACAUCCACAUGCCUCUUCAGCGCCAUCAACGCCUCAUUCGGCGGCCAUCUCGACGAGCAUGGCGCUGACCACCACACCCAACACGGUGCCAUCGUCAGCCUUCAGUCGCGCCAGUCCCAGCGUGCAACUCUCGAGCGGUGCCGCUCAAUCUGGCCCUGGUGGCAACAACAGCAACAGCAGCACGCCGAACAACUCCUCUGCCGCAGCAGCUGCAGCCGCUGCCGCUGCCCAUCGUGCUGCCUCGCCAGCCUCUAGCGUGGGCAGCCUAAGCCGGCAGAGUCCGCUGCAUCCUGUGCCGCAAUCCCCGCUGAGUCAUCAUCCCUCAUCCUCGGCGUUGUCGGCUGCUGCGGCGGCGGUCGCCGAACGGGAUCGACAUGCGCUGAUGCGCCAACAGUCACCGCACAUGACGCCGCCGCCAGUGUCGAGUGCCUCCGGGUUGAUGGCCAGCCCGCUGAGCAAAAUGUAUGCUCCGCAGCCGGGACAACGGGGAUUGGGUACUUCGCCGCCUCCUCAUCUGCGACCUGGUGCAUCGCCGCCAGUUAUACGUCAUCCACAGAUGCCCCUGCCGUUGCCACUGAUUGCGCCAGGCGGAGGCAUCCCACAGAUUGGCGUCCAUCCCGGCCAGUCACCAUAUCCGCAUCCGUUGCUGCACCCCUCGGUGUUUUACUCGCCGCAUCAUCACAAUCCCUUCAACUCACCUUAUGGCUAUGCGCCCUAUGGACCAAGCUUCCCCGCCUACAUGAAGCCACCUCCUCCCGCCGGGCCCCUCGAUCCGGCUGCUGUGAUGGCCGCUCAUCAUGCUGGUCUGCCUGGUCCGCCGCCGCAAUCGCGCCAGGAUGAACAGAAUGCCGCCGCUGCCGCAGCCGUGGCAGCUGAGAAGCAACAUGCGGCGGUUGCAGCAGCAGCAGCAGCUGCUCAACAACAACAUCAACAGCAGCAACAUCAACAACAACAGCAACAACAGCAGCAGCAGCAACAACACAAGGCACCGCAGCAGCAACAACAAACACAGCAGCAGCAGCAGCAACAACAACAACAGCAGCAGCAAGGAGGCCCGCCACAGAACAAGCCACCGACGCCAAAGACGCCACAAGGACCUGGAAGCAUGGGUGUCGGCAUGGGCGGGCCGGGUACGCCCACUGGACUACCGCCUGGUGCAUAUCCAGGCUCCCAUAUACCUGGAUAUCCGCCGCCGCCGCAUCCCUCACCAUUUGCACCGCAAGAUGGACAGCCUCAUGGUUUAAAGCCGACUUCCCACAUGGAUGCACUGCGUGCGCACGCGCACUCGGCCAACUCCGCUGGAAUGGGCAGUGCGCAUCAUCCAACAGAGCCAUUGCCCAUUGACAUUGAGCCGGAUCCGGAACCAGAGAUUCCCAGCCCCACACACAAUAUACCGCGCGGUCCCAGCCCCGAGGCGAAGCCCGACGAUACCGAAUGCCAUCGCUCGCAGUCGGCCAUCUUUGUGCGCCACAUCGAUCGUGGUGAUUACAACUCGUGCACGCGUACGGAUUUGAUCUUCAAGCCCGUUACGGACUCCAAGCUGGCACGCAAACGUGAGGAACGUGAUCGCAAGCUGGCCGAAAAGGAGCGUGAGCGAAGACAGCAGCAACAACAACAGCAGCAGCAGCAACAACAACAACAGCAGGCUGCCGCACAACAAGCUGCACAGCAGGCAAAGAUGAAGGCUGAGCUAAAGCCUCCAUAUGCUGAUACGCCCGCAUUGCGUCAGCUGUCGGAAUAUGCGCGUCCACAUGUCGCCUUCAGUCCUGUUGAGCAGAUGGUUCCUUAUCAUCAUCCAAUGGGCCCCAUGUAUAGCAGAGAGAGAGAAUUGGAGGAGAUCAAAAACGCACAAGCGGCCGCAGCGAGUCAAUCGCGACUGGAUCCGCAUUGGAUGGAAUAUUACAGACGUGGCAUACAUCCCUCGCAGUUCCCGCUGUAUGCGAACCCGGCGAUUUCACAAAUGGAACGGGAACGUUUGGGCAUACCGCCGCCACAUCAUGUGGGCAUGGAUCCGGGCGAGCAUAUGAUACGAUUGACGAGAGAAUAUCAUGCACACUCUCAUACUCAUUUACAUUUGCCUUUGCAUCCACAGCCGCAACCACCGGAGGCCGGUUUCCAACUGCCACCGAAUGUUGGACAAUAUCCACGCCCAAAUAUGCUUAUACCUAGGGAGCCGCACUCGGAUGUUUUGCUGCGUAUGUCGUAUGCGGAUCAGCUACAGUAUUUACAGGCCGCCGAAUUUCAACGUCAAUCGCUGCACGAUCAAUACUUUAGAAAUCAGCUGCGUUAAUUGAGCCUGGCAAAUCUGGAAAUCAAAACUCUGCAGCUAAACCCCCUCUUACUGACAUGGAAUCAAAACAAAAGGACGUAUGCAAAGAAGGAGCAAUGAAAAACAAACUAACAAAACUAAAUGAAACGAAACAAGCAAACAAAACAUGAUGGUCGCAAUAUUUUAAGUAUCGUCUUUCUAGUGUAUAGUGUUAACAAUGUAAACAAAAAGAAAACGUGUUAAUUAUCGUUUAAGCUUACGAGAAUUGAUUAAGGCAAAUGGAACAAAAAAAAAAAACUUAGCACACAAAUUUUUAAGGUUUUCAACUGCAUAAUGUGCAAAAACUUUUCAGAUUGCAGCACCACUUUCAUCUAACAUCUAUGACUAAGUACUAAGCUCGAUUCAAAUCAAAUUAACUAGACACACUUGCAAUUAGCAGAAAUAACGGAGCAAAACCAAAAUACACACACACACACUUGCUAAAUAUUGCAAGAAUCUUUAGUAUAUAUAUAUGUAUAUGCCGUAGAAUUUUAUGCUAACACUUCCAAAAUCCGGAAGAUAGAACAAUGCGCCUUUUGCAGACAAAACAAAGCCAAUAUAUUGAAUUUAUAAUGGGCUAGUUCGAGUUCUUAAAUGUCGCUAACUAAACUGCAACUACAACUAAAACAGCAACUAAUUUGACAUCUCAGCGUAUUCUGAGUUAUUGUACAUGUAAUUUAUAGUUAUAAUACUUCCAGCCCCAAUUUAACUAUAAAAAUAUAUAUAUUUUGUAAUGAUAGUACUCUUGCUGCUUAACAUGAAUUGAUUUUCGGUUCAGAGCUUCAUUUCAGUCCAUUUUCUUGUGUUGGCUUUCUCGCUUUGCUUACUUAUUACUCAUUAAUUUAUUAUUUUUGCUAUAAAUAGAGUAUUAUAUAAUAUUAUCGAAGAAAUCAAAGCAACAAAAACUUGUUUGUAUAAAGUGCUUAGUAACAAAAAAAAAAAAA